AUGGAUGCUAAGAAGUCCAACAAGAUCAGAGAUAUCGUUAAGCUUCAACAGAUCCUCAAGAAAUGGAGGAAACAAGCAAAUGAAUCAAAAACAUCCACCACCAACAACGAAGGCAACAACAGCUUUGGCGGAGGAAGCAAGAGCAUCAAGUUUCUCAAGAGGACACUGUCAUUUACAGAUACAACACCAGUUCCUAAAGGGCAUCUAGCUGUCUCCGUCGGCUUAGAGAAGAAGAGGUACACAAUACCAACAGAAUACCUUAGCCACCAAGCAUUCCUUGUUCUUCUACAUGAGGCAGAAGAAGAGUUUGGGUUUCAACAAGCUGGUGUCUUGAGGAUUCCUUGUGAAGUUGCUGUGUUCGAGAGCAUAUUGAAGAUAAUGGAGGAGAAGAACGAUGGGUACCUGGUGACAACAGCUGCUAAACAGGAUUGUAAAUUCAAUGUAGCAGCAGGAGAUGAGAAGGCGAGAUAUGGGCAUCCAUCUGGUUGCCCUCGGACUCCUUCACACCAACCUCACAGCCCAAUGUGCAGAUAGUUUCCUUUUCAUUAAUGCUUUUACUUCUGCGUCUUUUUCCUCUCUUGUUGACUUGAGCCCUUCUGCUUAUUUCCAUCUUCCCACUUUUUCUCUAGGGAUUUGGAUUUGUGUGCUUAUAAACUUCUGAGAGAGAGAAGAGAGUUUUUUUUUAAUUAUUAACGGAAUGUAUAAACGGAUUACUGAAAUGAAAACCUCCGAGGUGAUUCUUUGUUCUUUCUCUACUUUACUUCCAAAAAAUUUGUUAGGGUUACUGGCUCAGUAGUGGCUCUGAGCCUCAACUGAUGAAGACUUGAAAUGAAUUUGUCAGAUUCCCUGGUGGAGUUUCUCACAAGAACCCACCAUGCAAUUGAUAUAACC